AGUCACAAUCGAUAAGUUUCGAGCUUUCACCUGACAAACACCGUCCCGUCCCCUAGUAAAAUAACCUCAGAGGACACGGUCACAACGCAUUUUCAUUGGAAGAAACAACAACACAUACAAUUGGUCAAAAGGUAUCAGACAUGUCUGCCACGCAGGACGAAAGUGCAACGCUAAAGAGAGCCUUCCUUCUCGUGCCAAGGCCCCGCCGGCUAAGAGAAGCGAAAAGGGCUAAUGGGGACGAGAAUGGAGACCAAAAUGGCGGCAUGGUCCAACGCAUUUCAAGGAUAUAACUUUCCUUUCUGUGGUGAAGAGAAUGUUUCUCAGUCUUUUGUUGACUAUGGUAGUCCCUCAACGUUAAACAUAGACAUGGAAGAUCAGGCUCAAAAGCUGCUUUUGCAUUCCAAUCAGUCUGACGACUCGCAGUUACAACGACUAGCCGCAAACCAACUAAGUUUACCCUUCCUGGAGCCCAACCAGCGUUCUUCGUCCGUUCCGGAGGAAACUUUAAAUGAUUAUCAAUUUCUUCGACGUUCCUGUAAAGAGCAAAUCAGUGGCGGAAAGUGUGGUGUGCAUGUGGAGAACUUUUCGGCCGAUCGGCCUGAUAUCAUGUACUCAUCUAUUGCAGAACUUAUACAUGAUGACAUGAUCUGUCACUCUUGGAAAAGUUGUGAUUUGUUCAAGUCCAAUUCCUCGAUGCCGUGGAAGCAGAAAGAGACUUCAUGCUGGUCUUCAUGCAAACUGUGCUCUAAUUUUCGCCAGGCGCGCAAAAGCCAGAAUAGUAACGCAGCCCAAGUAGUGAAGCAUUUAAGCAGUGCCUUACCAGAUAUCUCUCCUGUGUUGUUAUACAAUCUCUUCCAAGAAAGCCACGCCUUGGAAAUCCCAAGAUUCCAAUAUGACACUUUCUUGGGGAAUAGUUUGGCUUGUAACUCCUUAGGAACAGACCACCAGGGCCUUUUGAUGUAUCCAAGUGGCUCUGGAUUAGAGGUUUUUAACUUUUCAUGCAUCUCACAGUGUUGUGAGUCCAUAGAUUUUGAAAAUGCCAAAUACAAUCCAUCACCUUUAAAGCCAGAGCUUUCGAAACAGCAGUUUGUAGUUCAAGACAGGAUAAAACAGAUUGACUUUGCUUCAUACAGUCGUAGCAACAUUAUUGUGGGAAUCAGAUCACAGUACCAUUGCUCAUUCUUCCAAAGCUGUCCAAGUGCAUCUGGAGAAGGAGAUAAGAUCUCCUUAAAGCCUCUUCAGACAUUAGCUCUCACUAAGCAAGCCAUGUGCAUUACUGUAAGCCCAUAUAUCCCAGGAGAAGCCAUCACUGUGACAGAAAAUGGCAGAGUGUAUCUUUGGUCAUGUGAGCACUCACUAAGGACUGUGCAUCAACCUAACCAUGUUAUGAGUAAUGUUUUUCCAUGGUACCAGUGUGUCUUUGCUGCAAAUCCUCGAUGCGUUGCAAUGGCAGAUGGCAAAGAAAUGGAUUUGUUGGAUUUCAGAGUUAAAAGGUUAUUCCAAAGAUUAUUCUUCUCCAUCUCAUCAAGUGAAGUUGACUCCUUUGAAUGUAUAUCUGCCAUUCAGCGUCACCCUCAAAAUACCCAUCACUAUAUAUUAGGCACGGAUCAGUCACUCAUGAUUUUAGAUGAUCGAUUUCUUCAUCACCCAGUCCUAAAGUGGAGACAUCAUAAUGAAGAUCCAGUUCAGUUCAUUAAUGUGGCUUACAAUGUAAUCCCUGAAUGUAGUGACACAGUCUUGGUUGUAUCUGGCUCAUAUCAUCGACAGACGCACUGCUUUCAGUAUUCUGAUAGCCAAGUACGAGUAAGAGGGUCAUUCCCUCCUACUACGGAACAACAGUGUUUACCACCUCAGUCAACAUCUCUCCCAUGGAAGGUGUCAUCCUAUAAUGAGUGGUAUUACACAGGACUUAGCAGUGACCUCACAUUCUCACCAGUAUCUGCUUCAAGGCUUUCGCAACCACUCAUAGGUGUCUGCACCAUGCCUCACACCUCUCAUCCGCAAAAGGGUUUUACUGUGUUUCAAAUGUCAUCUACUGGGGACUUGUUUUACCAGCCAUUUGUCUCACCACAAGAUGACAAAGAUUUGGGAGGAAGGCAUUUCUGGGAUAAAGAGAGUGGUACAUGGAGGAGUAAUGAACUUAGUCCUGAGGCUAAGAUGUUUUGUCAAAAAUGGAUCACUACAGCUGAUCUUCACAAGGAUAACUUUUUGAAAACUGCUCCAGUCCAAGUUGAGUAUGUAGAAACUGAUAAGAAAGUGCUUUGUCAGAAUUUGAAGUCUUUGCUAGAAUCUCAUUCCUGUUGUGUGUUAUGCAAUAAUAGACAAGAUUUGGAAAACACAGAGCUGGACCAAGCAAAGCCAGAAUCAGAUGUAUGCCAAAGGUGUGGUGUGCAAAUAUGUUACAGUGCCAACCUUGCAAAAAAUCAACAAAGCAAAGGAGUUCUUACAAGAAGCAGUUUGUGCCUUCAGUAUCAUGUGGAAGACCUUGGGAUUUUUCCAGACUUGAAGAAAGCUACAGAUCCUCUUAGUAAAAGUCUUUGGGUAAACUGGAAUAGCAAUACACCGAUAGCUGUGUUUUUAUCAGGUGACCAAGAAACAGAAAAUCAGCCUGAUAUUCAGGGGAAAACUGUAGAACCAUGGAAGACACUCCUUUCAGAGAAUGUAAGGUCAUCUACAUCUAUCAGUAACAGUAACAUUGUUCAUGAAAGUUCACCUCAGGAACAAAAUACACCAUCUAAAUCACACAUGGAGAAUCUGACACCAAAGGUGAAGGCUGAGAGAAAACAAAAUCGUCAUGUUAUGGGUUUUUAGCUUUAAAAUUAAUGAUAAAAAAUAAAUGGUAAUUAAUUUAAACACAAUUCAUUUAAAAUCAUCAGCUGUGUUCUAUAAAUUGGUCAAUUCCAAGUACAUGUUGAAUUCACAUCUUCCUUUGCUAAAAUUGGCAAGUUUGUUUCAUGAGUUUGAAACAAAUUCUUAAAAUUAGCAUAUUUACCAAAUUCAACACGAGAAAUUGAUCUAUGGAGGUGGUUUUUAGUGCAGAGUGCACUAUUGGGAUGGGUUAGGAGGGUGCACUUCGCUAAGGCACUAAUCAACUAACACACUAACGCCAUGAGGUGUAAACUUUAAUGUUUGUUUAAUUAGUUAAUUCCAAUUAAUCAAUUAGCUUGGCGGGAAGGCGGGCUGGGUGGAGUAGGUACCCGAGUGCAUUACGCAAAACUUGUCAUAUUUACAUUUCUUUCCUUGAUAACAUGAUAAAAAUGUAUAUAUGGUUUUGCAAAUCCCACGCCAUCCUUGUGGUGCCAUUCUCUCAAGAAC